AAUCCGGUGCUUCAUAUGAUCAAAAACGAGCGCACCGCAUUUGGAAGAAACCACCCUGGUCCCUUUAGGGAGCAGAGAGAGGACGGAGAGAGAGCAACAAACGCACUCGAAUUAUCGACACAAUACUUAAACGACGCUUACACACAAAACACCAAUUCCUGGGCCAUGAUGGGGAGGUUGUGUGAGAUGGUUCUUGUGUCUCUUCUUAUCAUGUCGCUUUUGAACACCGAGCUGGCAUGGGGUAAAAGAGGUGGUGGCAGCAGCAGCAGGGGAAAAUCUUCAUCCAGCAGCAACAAGGGUUGGACAAAUUCAAAGACAUCCAACUCUCAACCAGGAAACUACCCUCGUCAGCCACAGAGUCCUAAUCGAAACACCAAUCCUUAUCCUCCUGGUGGAAGUUACCCUUAUCCCAAACAGAACCAGCCAAGUUAUCCAGGUGCCGGUAGCAACCCAAAUCAGUACCCUGGCAGAGGCAAUCCUGCAGGUUAUCCGAACCAGAACCCUGCAGGUGGAUACCCAGCAGGAGGGUAUCCUAAUCAAAACCCAGCUCGAGGAAAUUACCCAAAUCAAAAUCCAGCUGCCGGAGGCUACCCCAACCAAUAUCCAGCCAGAGCUGGUACCAACCCCGGAGGUUAUCCUAAUCAGUACCCUGCUGGAGGUUAUCCAAACCAGAAUUAUCCUAAUCAGUAUCCAGGUGGGGGUUUCCCAGCAGCGGGUGGUUAUCCACAAAACCCAGGAAGGUAUCCUUACCAGUAUCCAGGUGGUUACCCAGUCCGAACUGGAAACACAGGACCAGGUUGGAAUGUGCCUGGUUCAAAUCCAGGAGGUUAUCCAGGAGGUUACCCUGGUGGAGCAGUUGGUGGCUACUCCAACUGGAACCCAAAUAAUAAGAUUCUGAGUCCCCGCUUUGGUGGAGGAGGCUAUGGUUACGGGAUGGCAGGGUCACCUUUUUCUCGUUCUGUGCAGAACAUGGGGUACGCGCCCAAGUCACCAAGUUUUGCCAAAAAAGCCAUGGUGGCUGCAGGCGUCGGUGCUUUGGCUGGAAUGGCAGUUGGAUAUGGAUUAGGACGCUUCCCCCGACCACAUUUCACUUUCCGUAACCCUGAAGAAGAGUACUACUACAAUAAUUACAUGCAGCGUCGUUAUGGCACCCAGUCAACAGAUCAAAAAGACUAUGGCCGUGAUUAUGUCUACAGGCCUCCUCCACGUGCUGAGACCUACGAAAGCUUCAUGAGUCACUGCAUGAAUUCGACUGAUACUCUUAAGGAUCAAGGCUCUUCCACAUCCAAGAGUGCAGCUGAGGACGCAGAUGACGACACCGUCAGCAUUGAGGAGAUUGGAUACCCAGCCCUGAUUGAGCAAGUGAAGUCGCGGCGGUGUGUAGAGAAGUACAUGAAGUACUCCGAGCAAUUUCUAAAGGAACGUAAAACUGAACAACAAUAUCAGCUAAGUCGCUCUAGCCCUCUGAGCCAAGGGCUCAUUCAUCUUCUCACUUCCUCCGUGGUGCUAUUGUCCAGCAUGCUCCUGCUCCAGUGAGAAAACACCUUCCACUUCACUUCAAAUGGCUUUCUACUGCCUCCAUCAUAUGCACACAUUCAUUUCCUGCUUAUAUUAUAGUAGCUCCACAUUGCAAACCACAGCUGCAUACUUCCAGAGAGUACAGUCUUUUAAUAUCUAUUAUAUAAAAAAUAUUGACAUGUACAUACUGACUAAAAAUGUCUGUUUCAAGUGCGGCACUCAGUUUCAAGUGUUACAGUUAGAUCUGUCUUAGAUGUUCACUAUACUUUAUAUUAAUUUAUUUUGGAUCCAUAUUUUGCACUUUUUAUCUCCAGAUUGUUGGACACUGAAUGCAGAGAUUCAUGAUUAAAGAAAGAAAACAGAACAGGACAAUUACUUUCACAGUUUUUUCUUAGGAAGACUAUCAGGGCAGUUUCUUUCAUAGUUUGGAUAAGAAUGAAAAAAUAAUGAAAGCUCAUAGUCCACAUUAUGGCUUGUAUUUAGGGGUACAAGUGGGGUAACUCUCGGAGAUUUGUUUGUAUUGGUGCAGCAUGGGGACAAGAAUUACGUAGAAAUAAGUCACAUGAUGACUUGCAGGCCAGAUUUGUGCAUACAGGCUGUGAUCAGCUGAGCUGUGCUGCUUCUCCUAUAUUCAAUAUUCACUGCUUUUUUGUGGAACUACGCUGAAUUCAACAAGUUAUAAGCAGAUCUAUUUAGAGCUGCAUGGCUGAUGCGUUGUAUAAAAGCUAGAAUUAGCUGAGUGAAUGUAAUAAUAUUUGCUACUCUUGAUCUAAUCUAACAUUGACCAUGAACAGCCAGCUCCAUACCCCUCCAGCAGAGUGAAUCACUGUGAACUUCACCACAGUACUCCAAACACAACCAGUGCAGCCUCCACUAACCUGCCUGGUAUUUUCAUGCAACCUUUGAAGAAUGCAAAAUUAAUAUGCUUCCAUUUAUUUUGGGAUAAUUUGGCAACACAUCACGUGUAGAUCCAUUUAAGAGCUCUAAAACGAACAAGGAUAUUGGAAGUUUUACAUUUUCAGCUUGUCAAACCUUGCGUGUUGCCAUCCGUACCCUUGAAAAUAAUCUUCUUCUAGUUUCCUGUCUUUCAUACAUCUUUUUCUACAUCUCUGAUAGUGUUGCACGUUAAUGCUUCUUUUCCCCUCUCCCUUCAGCUGGCAGACACAUUUGUCAGAUGUUUUCUGUUGAUUGACAGGAGGCACAGAAACAGUUUGUGUAUUUGGUGAUAUUUUAAUGUCCCCGAGAAGUUGCAUUUGAAAUUACCGCCACUUAAAAAAAAACUUUACUGCCUUGAUGCUCACUCUUCCUCUGUGAUGUUAUAGAUGCUGAAGUACAGUAACCAGGAUUAUUUACCUUUACACCAUGAACACAUCACAGGGAUGAGAAUGAAAAAGUUCACUUCAGGUUGUAAGUGGGCUGUGGGAUGUCAUUUUUUGGCUUAUUACCGGGCAAAUAUUUGCAUGUAAUAACUGGCAGCAGGAUUGUGGCACAUGAAAAAUAAAGGGAUUCAGCGAUAAUACUGAUCAGUAGUAAUAAAUCCAGCUCACUUUAACCCCUGUUUAUUAUCUGGGGUAAUGUUAGGAGAAAUCUCUUUGGAGGAUUUAAGUUUUAUGUGUGUUUUUUGGAUUCCACUCAGUCUCAAUUCCACUCAGUCUCACUCCACAGAGCACAUGCACAGACUGAAGCAACCCCUGGUCACUAAUAGUUUUUACAGAUUGCUUGAUGGUGAUAAAGGAUUCCUUGUAAAUAAUUCAGCCAAACUUCCCACAUGAACUUUAAGCCAUCGAGGUUUGCUGAGCAGCAGAGACAGAAAUAAAAAUAAAGGUAGAAAGAAUCGCCCUGGUUCAUAUUUAAUAUGUGCUACUUAUGUUAUUGCAUGUAAUAACUUUUCACAGAAAGUAGACAGUAAUCAUGAUGGGUUCAUAAAUGAGCAGUGAAGUUGCACAAAUAGCACUUGUUGCUUUAAUCUGUGCAGUCUGUUGAACGGAUGCGGUCUUUUCUCUGUAUUUCCUUGUAGUAUGUAAACUGUCCUUAGUUAAAAUGGGUGUGGUAGCACUCAAACUGCAUUCCUUUAUCCCGUUGAACUCUGCCAUUAUGUGUGUGAGUCAUUAGAACAUUUAUGCCCAUAAAAGCCUUGGUUUUAUAUCCAUAUCCCCAGGCACAUUUUAACUUUCCAUAGCCACUUAUUUUCCAGUCGUCUGCCCUGAAGUUGGUCAUCGUUUCCGUGCGUCUUCCUCUAAUCUCCUACAUCUUAUUGUAGCAUGGGGAAACAGUCUCAUAGGACAGUUUUUCUCAGAUAUGUAAAUACUACUGUUUAUUUUCUUGCGCCGGUUGUCAUGGUACAGUCUCUGCGAUUAUGACUACUAAAAUCUGUUCUCCUUUUUUUUCUUCAAGAGUAGGUGUUGUUAUUAUUUUUAUUUUUGUGGGUGUUUCAUGUGAUCAUUUCACUUUUCUUUUUACCGUAUUUCUUAUGAUCCUGUUUUAUUUUUCCUCCAUGCCCGAGUUUUGUAAAGGAUUCUGGAAAAAUGCUGUGUAAGUUAGGUGUGAAAACUGUCAUCAAUGCCAGUUCAUCUCGAAGUGAUGGAAUUCUCCUUCCCAUACUGAUGUUGUUCUUUGUAACCAGGCUUUCAAAUUUCUUUUAUUCUCUCCUGUUAAUAAGCUUUCAUAUUCGACUGUUCCUGUUUUGCUUUUUUGGUUGAUUCUGGCAAAACAACUUAAUUUGAUGGGAAAUUCCACCUUAAAUCAAGGCUGUGGAAUAUCUGUAAAGUGCACUUAUUUCUCCUUAGUUGUGGAUAUUCUGUAACUUUGUAAUUGAGCUCAUGUUACCAUUAGAGACAUCGCUUGUUUUUGACUCAGAAUUGCAAGCAUUUCGUGAUACUCCUCAGAUGUUAUGACUAACACGGUGUAAUAUAGUUUGUCUUGGAUGUUCAUGUGUUAAAUAAAAUAAAUCAUGAAAUGUUUUCUCUGGCCUGUGACAUCUUCACGUCUAUUAAAAAAAAAAUAAAAUCCUUAUCCUCAAAAACA